UUGGCAGGCUAGCUCGCUAGCGCUGUAUUACGAAGUUUCACUUUCAUAUUUGUUUUGGCCCCACUUGAAACUAGUCAUUUACCAAAUAAUGUUGGCUUCACGCCUGAAUCUCCUCACACCGCGACUCUCCUGGCUGCGCGGCUGCUCGACAACGGCCGUGGGCCAGCAGCAGCAGCGCCAGGUGCCCGCGGAGGCCGUGCACGAUCCGCUGCAGGCGCAUGCCCUCAAGGAGCAGUGCAUCCUGGUGGACGAAAACGAUAGAUCCAUUGGUGCAGCUUCCAAGGCCGACUGCCACCGAGUGGAUCCCAAAACGGGCGAUGUCCGAUUGCACCGCGCCUUCAGCGUAUUUCUCUUCAACGCCAAAGGCGAGAUGUUGGUGCAAAAGCGUUCAUCUCAUAAGAUAACCUUUCCGAAUACCUACACAAACGCCUGCUGUAGCCAUCCGCUUCACGAAAUCGAGCAGGAGCGCGAGGAGAGCAAUGCUCUUGGCAUCCGACUGGCCGCGCAGCGUCGUCUGAACUACGAACUGGGCAUACCCACUGAGGAGCUACAGCCCGAGGACUUUCGGUACCUCACACGCAUCCAUUAUGCGGACACAGGAGAUGGCGUAUGGGGCGAGCAUGAAAUCGACUACAUCCUGUUCCUGCAGAAGGAUGUGACCCUACGGCCAAACAGCAAUGAGGUGAGCGAGGUACGAUACCUGCGGCGCGACAAGAUCGACGAGGCAGUGGCCAAGUUCGGUGCGCCCUUGACCCCGUGGUUCUCCCUGAUACUGCAGCACCGUUUGAAGCUGUGGUGGGACAAUUUGCAUAGGUUGGAGCAGUUUGAGGACCUAAAAAAUAUUCAGCGCUUUUAAGUGUGCUAACGAACCAAAAAUAUACGAGUUACGGUAA